CUUUGCCAUGCCUUCAUUCAGCAUGGGUACGAAUUCAAUGCAGCCAAAUCUCGGAGUUUGGCCUAAUUAGGUUCCUCAAAGAGACCUCUAAUACAAAGGAAAUGUGCUUGUCAUGGGAUAUUCUGAUGCUUAUAUCAGAUGCCGAUGAUGCUGGUCGACUGCCUGACUUUCCAAAGUUGACACAUUUGACAAUCAAAAUCGCUGGAAGCAGCUGCGUUCUGCACUCGCUGCUCAACAUGGCGUCCAAAUUACAAUCUCUUGUCAUUGACUUGGAGUGUGGCAGGGAAGUGAUGAAUUGGGACGAGUCAAGAGAACCUGCUGUUGCUCCUGAAUCUUUGUUCUCAAGCCCCGAGGAAGUUAAGAUAAAAAAUCUUAAGGCAGAUGAAGAUGAGAUGAAAAUGGUAGCAUAUUUGCUCAAGGCUGGAGCUGUACUGAAGAAGGUGAAUAUGCACGUGUCUGAUUAUUAUGAAGAAAGUUACCGCGAACGUGCCUCACUGCUAAACCUACCUAGAGUCUCGAGAGCUUGUGAAGCUCAUAUAUUUUCCCCCCAAAAGCAAUGGUCAUGCCGAUACUGCCCGCCGCGAAGACCGGUAACAGGAGGGAGGCUGUGAAGAUUGUGUUUGGGUGUUUAGGUGGAAUCCUUUUCAGGAAACGGAUUCAAAUUUGUUUGGUAAUUUUGGAUCCCUCUUUGGAGCGAGUAACUGUUUAAUUAGAAGCUGAUGAUUUUGAGAAACUCUGCAUCAUAGGUUUGGAUGGAUUACAAUAUUUUGUUUCUCAAGAACCGAAUUAUUUAUUGGUUUUGGGGAACACUGUGUAUAAAUCCUCUUGGUUCGGUUGCAAAGCAUGCUUGCUUCUUUUCUGUAAGAUGACUACAGAGUAUGGAAAUGUUGGAGAGUUGUGGAGGACUAGUCGUCCCUCCGAUUUCUAUUAAAAUGUCUUUACUGCAUAUUUCUAUUGGUUUCUUCUUUUGAGUGUUGAUUCAUCACUCCUCUACACGAUCAUCGGCGUGGGGUAUUUCAUGGGCUGAUCCAUGGGGACAUGUUGUGGUGAAAAUGGUUAGAGAAUUGGCCUGCCAAUGCCAUCUUUGCUCUGCAACUGGUAAGUGAUUUGGGAGGCAUCUCUCGACAUGGAGAUGGAAUAGAAGUCGUAUAUCAAGACUUGUGCUGCCAUUGAUCAACAGCUGAAGCAGCAUCAUCCGAAGAUUGACACUCUCUGCAGCUCACCAUGUCAAACAGGUAAAUGGUGUUUGAAGCACUUAUAAUUGGGUUUUGGCAGAGUGGUACAUGAGUCAAAUGUAUGUGAAUUGAUUUUCUACAUGUAAUACGACUCAAGAAUAGAAAGUAUUGACCAAUAGAUUGGUAUAGUAUAACAUGAACUCAUUCUUGAUAUGAUCAAAAGGGUCCAGAGUCUUAGCACAAGAUAUGGUCGGUGUCCGUGGAGGAACACCUCGUGGAUGAACUUGUUACUUGAUCGGUGUUUUGAGAUCAUCGAUACAAUAUCCAAUCUUGCAAUGGAAGUCUUGAGUCUUUGAAAUAAACGAAUAUAUCAACACUACUAACGUAUUGCCCUUUCUUUAAGGACUGCAGGGUAACCAUUUUGGUGUUUCAACAGCAGUGUUAGCAACAACUUCGGGAGGUGGCAUUCUGUCAGCCCAACUAAUAUUCUCUCUCCCUAAGUUCUUCAGGUUAAUGUGUUUACUGUUUUCCCCCCUUAUCAGAUUCUCCUUAGUUUGAAGAAGUCUUAUGCUGGUUGCAGGAAGAUCCAGGAUUCUAUGGAGUAUGGAAACUAAGCGGGAAGAUGUCAGGGCUAGCUUUAUCUCGAGCAUUCGGGACUACUCUGUCGAGGAAUUCGGGCUUAGACGUCAGUGCUAGCUUUAUCUCAAGCAUUCGGGGACUACUGUGUCGAUCGAGGAAUUUGCGGUCAUAUCAAUUUCAGGAAGUGUCUCAACUGAGCGCGUCGAGAAGACACGAGUUUGUGAUUCUGGCAGCCCAUGGGGUUUGGGAUGUGGUAUCGUAUGGAACAAGGAAGCCACGAGAAUCGCAACAUCGACAUGCCAGACUUAUCUUAACUUCAAAAGAACCGUAUGGCUAAUCUAUGGCGACUGUAAGCCCUUUGGAUUAUGGUUCACGUCCAUUGUACUACACAUUUGUAAUUUUGGGUUGAUGUGCUUUGUCCCUUAGUUGUUAUUAGUUUACUGUUGUUGUUACAAUACCCUCCUGGUGCUUAAGUUGAACCAUUAUGGACACUACCUGAGAACCUGUUCAAUUACAAUAGCAGAAUAGAAAGGUGCAGCGAAA